CAUUUCUCAGGGACAGGAAGACUGAAUCUGAUGUCUGCAACUGAAACAAUGGAUUCAGAGGUAACAAUGGAAGCUCCCGUGUGCCUGAUUGAGAACUCCCCCGAUGGGAAAUUAUUUGUAAAUCCCCAAGCCAAGGAGAUCCUGUCCAACAUCACUCAGCCAGUAGUUGUGGUGGCCAUUGUUGGGUUGUAUCGGACGGGAAAGUCCUACCUCAUGAACAAGUUGGCUGGAAAGAAUGCAGGAUUUGACUUGGGUGCAACUGUGGAGUCAAAAACAAAAGGAAUCUGGAUGUGGUGUGUCCCUCACCCUACUAAGAAGAAGCACACCUUGGUACUGUUGGACACGGAAGGCCUGGGAGAUGUACAAAAGGGUGACAAGAAAAAUGACAUCUGGAUUUUCUGCCUUACGGUUUUGCUUAGCAGCGCAAUGGUGUACAACAGUAAGGGGACCAUCGACCAGGACGCCAUCGAGAAGCUUCAUUAUGUGCAGGAAAUAACUGAAAAGAUAAAAAUAAAUGCUUCUCAAAACGAUGAUGAGGCCGCUGAGUUUUCCAAACAUUUUCCCAUCUUCAUCUGGACUGUGCGGGACUUUACUCUGUCGCUGGAAGUGAAUGGAGAUCCGAUCACAGAUGACGAAUACUUGGAACAUGCUCUAAAGCUGAAGGAACCGGAGAAAACACCAAAGGACCAGAUAUUCAACUUCCCAAAGAAAUGCCUCCGCAUGUAUUUCCCACGCCGCAAAUGCUUCGUACUUUGCAGCCCCACCUCUGACUUGAGCCUCUUUCAGAAACUCGAGCAAGUCUCAGAUGACCAGCUUGCUCCUUCCUUUGUGGCAAAGACACAGAAGUUCUGUGAUUACAUCUUCAGCUAUGCAGACGUAAAACACUUGGAUGGGUUUCGGCCAGCAAAUGGCAAUAUGCUUGGAGACCUGGCGCAGAAAUAUACUGAAGCUAUUAGCAAUGGCCAUGCACCUUGUAUGGAGAAUGCAGUCCUCUCCCUUUCUGAGAAUGAAAACAACGCUGCGGUUGAAAAGGCUUUGGAGCACUAUGAAACCGAGAUGGUCAAGAAAGUGGUGUUUCCUACAGAGACUAUGAACCAGUUCAUGGAUCUAAGCAAAGAAUGUGAGCAACAAGCUGUUGAUAUCUUCAUGACAAGAUCCUUCAGAGAUAAAGACCAUCGCUUUCAGAAAGAGCUUAUGGGAAGCAUACAGAAGAAGAAAAAUGAACUUCUGAAGAAAAAUGAGGAGGCUUCUGUUGCUUAUUGUGAUGAUCUGCUUUCAAAAUUGACAAAUGACCUAGACAAAGCUAUAACUGAUGGGUCCUACAUUGUUCCUGGUGGUUAUCAAAAAUUUAAGGAGGAGAUGGAUAAGAUUGUUGGACAAUACAACGAGGAUGCAACAAAAGGCAUUAAGGGUGAUGAGGUUCUUCAGAGGUUCCUCAAGAGUAAGGAGGGGACUGGAAACACCAUUUUGAUAAGUGACAAGGCCCUUGAUGAAAAGGAGAAACUGAAAGAAGCGGAAAAGGCUAAAGCUGAAAGUUUAAUGAUGGAACGAAAAGUAUCCAACGUGAAAGCAUCUCAGGAUGAGCAGAAGGAUGACGGUCAAAUGAAUUCCUUUCAGAUAAACAUCCAGCGACUGGUGGAGAAACUAGAAGAUGAGAAAAGGAUGAUGAGGGACCAAAUUGAACGGCUUGUGUCUGAGAAGAGGAGGGAAGAAGAACUCCUGAUCCGUCAGGGAUCUGCCCAGCAAGCCAAACUGUACGCGGCACAGAUCCAGGAUCUUGAGAAGGAGAAAGAGCAAGUGAAUGAGACUACGUGGUAUAAGCCCAUAUGGGAGAACUUAAAAAGUGUAACAGUAGACCUUGCACCUCGCCUUUUCAACUUCGGUGCAGACAUGGUGAAAAAGGCCAUUGCUAAAUACCAAAAUAAAUAGGAAAAUGUCUCCAAACCAGGCAAUACGCCUAAAGAGAAAAAACUCCCCAAAUCAAAUAAUACCCCCAAGUGAAGUUGACUGUAGAAGGUUGCACCACUCAUUAUUCCCCAAUCAUGUAUUGAAGGUUUAUAAGCAGCCAAUAGUGGCCAAUUGUAGCCAUCUUAUGUGGUUUUUUUGCCACACUUUUACUUUGGUUUUAUUUGUCUCUUUAUCAUGUUUGAAAAAUAUUACCAUCCAAAUAUAUCUGAAACAGUUAAUUGAAAAAAAA